CCAAUGCAAUCCAAUUCAUUAUUUAAUGUGGUUUUGUAUCCAAACACUUUUAAAACCUCUGAGUGUCUAACUACAUUUCCCAGAAUUCAAAGCGUGACGCGCGUGAUGACGUCUCGCUCAACAUGGCAGCCCUCAGUAGCUGUCACACUGAACUGCUCAACCUUAAACUUGGAUGCUUUUAAUAUUUAAAAAAUGCGGUUUUGAAUCUGUAUUUUAGUCUCUAGGCGAUAUUUUCAAACGAAGGAGAUAUUCGCCAUGUAACCCAGAUUAAAUACUGAUUGUUUAUACAGGAAUAAGAUGUUUUAGAGUAAUAAUAAAGAUGAUGAAUCCGACAGUGUUUAGAUCCCACGGGCUCUUUCUGCCCUUUGUCAAACCCUGUCCUUAUAUUAAACUAUUCCGCAUUAAAAGAAGAUAUCAGGACUGCACGAGUACAUGUACUGUGAUCAGACACAGAUGGAUGAGAAGAGCUUCAUGUCCUGUGAGACACUUCAGCAGUAAUUCAACUAAACAGGAGAGUAUUGACAUGUCAAAGUUUCCAGUGGAGAGGAUUAGAAACUUCAGCAUCAUUGCUCAUAUUGAUCACGGCAAGAGUACUUUGGCAGACAGGCUGUUGGAGAUUACAGGAGCCAUUGCAACGACGGCAAAUAACAAGCAGGUGUUGGAUAAGCUUCAGGUGGAGAGAGAGAGAGGAAUCACAGUUAAAGCUCAGACUGCGUCUCUCUUUUACCAGCAUGAUGGACAGAUGUACCUGCUUAAUCUGAUCGAUACACCUGGCCAUGUUGACUUCAGUUAUGAGGUGUCACGGUCCAUUUCCGCUUGCCAAGGAGUUCUGCUUAUUGUAGAUGCAAAUCAGGGCAUUCAAGCUCAAACUGUUGCCAAUUUCUACCUGGCAUUUGAGGCUCAACUUACAAUCAUUCCUGUGAUAAACAAGAUUGAUUUGAAAAAUGCUGAUCCAGAGAGAGUGGAAAAACAGAUCGAAAAGGUUUUCGAUAUUCCAAAGGAAGAAUGUAUCAGGAUCUCAGCAAAAUUGGGCACCAAUGUGGACCAAGUUCUCCAAGAGGUGGUGAAACGGAUUCCCCCGCCGACAGCAAGAGUGGAUGAUCCGUUUAAAGCCCUCGUCUUUGAUUCAACCUUCGACCAUUACAGAGGAGUCGUGGCCAGUGUUGCUCUGUUCGGCGGACAGGUCUCCAAAGGGGACAAGAUUGUCUCUGCCCACUUAGGCAAAACUUAUGAGAUCAAUGAGCUGGGCAUCCUGAGACCCGACGAACACCCGACUGAAACUCUGUAUGCUGGGCAGGUGGGUUACGUGAUAGCAGGAAUGAAGGAGGUAAAAGAGGCGCAGAUUGGAGACACGCUUUACCUCCAUAAACAGCCUGUGGAGGCGCUGCCGGGUUUCAAGCCAGCUAAAGCCAUGGUUUUUGCAGGCAUGUAUCCUAUGGACCAAUCAGAAUACACGGCCUUGCGCAGCGCUGUGGAGAAACUGACGCUCAAUGACUCCAGUGUGAGCGUUCAGAAGGACAGCAGCCUGGCACUUGGGGCCGGCUGGAGACUGGGCUUUCUCGGUCUGCUGCACAUGGAGGUCUUUAACCAGCGGUUGGAGCAAGAGUAUAACGCAUCUGUUAUCGUCACCGCUCCCACUGUGCCAUACAAAGCGGUUUUAUCUUCUGCUAAACUUAUAAAGGAACACGGUGCAGAAGAGAUCACAAUCAUAAACCCUGCUCAGUUCCCCGAGAGGUCACAGGUUGUGGAGUAUCUGGAACCCAUGGUGAUGGGAACCAUCAUCGCUCCAGACGACUUUACUGGGAAGAUCAUGAGCCUGUGUCAGAACCGCAGGGCCGUUCAGAAGAACAUGUUGUACAUUGAUGACCAUCGAGUGAUGAUGAAGUACGUCUUCCCUCUUAAUGAGAUCGUAGUGGACUUUUACGACCAGCUGAAGUCCAUGUCAUCAGGAUAUGCAAGUUUUGAUUAUGAAGGUGCCGGUUAUGAACCAGCUGAACUGAUUAAGAUCGACUUUCUGCUCAACGGACGGCCAGUGGAGGAACUCGCCACUAUAGUUCACAAAGAGAGGGCGUACAGUAUGGGAAAAGCAAUAUGUGAGAGGCUGAAGGACUCAAUCCCUCGACAGAUGUUUGAAAUCGCAGUGCAGGCGGCUAUCGGGAGCAAAAUCAUCGCCAGAGAAACAAUCAAAGCAUACAGAAAGAACGUUUUAGCAAAAUGUUACGGGGGUGACAUUACGCGGAAAAUGAAACUGUUAAAGAAGCAGGCCGAAGGAAAGAAAAAAAUGCGGCGUAUCGGAAAUAUCGAUGUACCGAAAGACGCUUUCAUCAACGUUCUUAAAAGAAAGUAAUUUUUCAUAAAAGCCGUCCGAGUUUCGGGCUUGAUUUGUAGACAUGAGACUUGGACUAAUAUAACAAAGUGAGAUUGAAGCAGAUUGAAUGAAUUAAUCUUCAUGAUGCCGAAACGACAGCAGGGUUCUCCAGAAGAGACUGCAAGCAAAGCGUUUUUGCAGAAGAGUUGAUGCAAAAGUUCUCGUCAGCAUGGUUUUCAUUUGAAGACAUUUGGUUAUUUGUGCUUUGCACAUAGAUGAUUUGAGCUUUUGUAAUGUCAUACUUUGUCCUGUGCAAACACUGAAACAUAUUUAAGACAGAAAAGUGAAAUCUUUCAUUUAUUGUGCAUUGUUGAACGAGUAAAGAAAUACAUGAAAUAAUGA